AAGGUGAAACGGGGAGUGCGCACGCUCGUGGGACUCGACCGCCACCUCUAGUUUGGUGCUGAGCCAAUCAGAAGGCUUUGACGAACCCGCCGCUCACCGUGCGAGGAGCGGUGUGCUGCCGGUAAACGCGAACGCUCUUAGCAGUCUGCGUUUCCUCGUUCGAUGUCGCACGGUGAUAUAUACACACACGAAACGAAUUUUAUUCGACUUUGUUCUCUGACGGUUUUAAAAGGACAUUCGUUGUUAUGAAAAAAGACUUGAUUAGUUAUUUUAUUUUCGUACCACGCGACGAUAUCGUUCGAAUGAUUUUUCUCAGUAUGUUCUAACUGCUUACGAAGUGCAGGUAUAUGUACAUAUACGUAUAUGCAUAAUACAUGCGCUCUCAAGUGCGCGCGCUCGCGCGUGUGUGUGUGUUGAUCUACUGUACGAUAGUGUAAGUGUGCCAGUGAAAGAGAGCAGUGUUCGCGAAUCGUGGCGUGAAUUUUUAAACGUUCGACUAGACUUCGCUAAAGAAAGUAACGAGAAGUAAAGAAAAGAGAUAUAAGAGUAUUGAAAGAUUUACAGAUAGGAGAGGCAAUAGUAACGACCUUGAAACGUCGGUGUGUCUACCGAGAAUUACACGACGACGACGACGACGAAGACAACGACAACGUGUACCGGCCAUGGUGCGCUGCUGUAGGUAUUAGUUGGUGCGUCAGCGGUGAAGAAUCGAGUAUUAUACGAUCGAAAGAAACAAUCUAACAUAGAUCAAGAGAGAGAGAGAGAGAGAGAGAGAGAGAGAGAGAAUAUAUUGUGUCUCUCUCUCUUUCAGUGUAUUUCUCUUUUCACAUAAGAGACUCGAGAAGGGUUGUAGUAUGUGCGUCGUGGUAGUAAGAGCCGAGUACAAACGAGAGUGGAUCGUCGUUGCAGAUACGAGUUCCGAGAUGAAGGCGGGCACGUAGAUCGGUCAGGUAUAGCGAGGACGACGUGAUUCUUCAAGGGAGAGAGAGAGAGAGAGAGAAAGAAAGAAAGAAAGAAAGAGAGAGACAGACAGACAGACAGAGAAGAAAAGAAGAAGGGAAGAAAGAGACGAAGAGGAGAGAAAAGACCUUCAGCACGAGACGUCUUCUUACUACUGCGUUCAUCCAAGAGAAACGACAAGAAUGGCCACGGAAAUUGCGAACAAAAGGGCUGAAAGGGAAGCCCUUCGUGGGGUCAUACAACAAUGGAACGCAAAUCGUUUGGAUCUUUUCGAACUCUCCGAACCCAAUGAGGAUUUGGAGUUUCAUGGUGUUAUGAGAUUCUAUUUUCAAGACAGCGGUCAAAAGGUGGCUACGAAAUGCAUCAGAGUAGCAUCCGAUGCAACCAGUCGUGCUGUGAUCGAAACUCUCAUAGAAAAAUUCCGUCCAGAUAUGAGAAUGUUGUCGGUACCGGAAUACGCUCUUUAUGAAAUUCAUGAAAAUGGAGACGAACGAAAAUUGGGAUUAGAAGAGAAACCAUUGUUGGUUCAAUUAAAUUGGCACGUAGACGAUAGAGAAGGACGUUUUUUGUUAAGAAGGAUCGACGAUAAAACGAAUGCUCAAGGUGUUGGUUUCUCCUCGGAAGGUUCUAGCUUUCGUAGAAAGCUGAGUAAGCGAGAGAAGAAACAAAUGAGGAAACAAGAGAAGCUUGGACGUUUGAAGAGUUUAGAACAGGAUGAAAAUGCUGUACCGGUUGAUCAGAAUGGCGUUGCUGAAAAACUUUAUACUGAACUUCCUGAGACGAGUUUUACAAGGAGUAUAUCGAAUCCGGAAGCCGUUAUGAGACGUCGUAGGCAACAAAAGCUUGAAAGAAAAUUGCAACAAUUUCGUAGCAAGGAUGGUGGCCCAGAUACGGGUGGUACUUUGAAGAUUUAUGGAGAAGCACUUUGCAAAGAUGUACCAUAUAAAACUUUAUUAUUGAGCGUUAGAGAUUCAGCGGCACAGGUUGUAAGAGAAAUGUUAUCUAAAUAUGGUUUAGAUAAAGUCGACCCUCAACAAUAUUGUCUCGUACAAGUGAACAACGACAAUACAAAUGGUAGUACUCAUCAAGAGUAUAUACUGGACGACGACGAGUGCCCGUUGGCUAUUCUCAUGAAUCACCCUUCCACACGUGGAUCAAUCAUGUUUCACGUGAGGAGGAGACCGGCAGAUUAUGUGCCUCGUAAACGUAAAAAGAAACCUUCUGGAAAAUGGAACGAGUUAGAUCACAGAUACGAAGACGAGAGAUUACCAUUUCUAUUAGAAUUAAAUCCAGACGGUACCGAUAUUCCUAACGGAGCUGGUGUCAGAUAUCGUUUGCAACCGAACGUGACGGAAGUUGGAUCCGAACGACCCUUCGGUCCACAAGGCGUGCAAUCACAAACUUUGACUCUCAGUGGGCCUACAGUUAUGCCAAGGCAUUGCGUUAUAGCUUUCACGGAAAAUAUCGUCACACUGACACCAUGCUCAAGGGACGCUCAUACUUUUGUGAAUAAUCAACGAAUACAUCAGACUACCAUACUUCAAAAUGGAGCUAUCAUCAAGUUCGGAAGAAUGCAUACCUUCAGAUUCAUCGACCCCGCACCCGACGACCGUAUCAGGCAACGUCAUGACUCCAAUAGACAGAUCGAGUACGCAUACGACCGACGAUCGCCAGAUGCUACCAGCCAAGAAGCAAAUUCGGACAAAUACAGAUCAGGUUCUGGAUCCCCAAACGGUGGACACCCACAGAGUCCUGGUCAAACUUCGAAUCCUCCGAGUCCCACUAAAUCUUCGGCAGCUAGCACAUCGCGUAGUCCCACGCACGGUACUCACGCACAAGAGGUGACUCACAAUUAUGAAACGACCUUCGACCUGGAUGGCAAUGUGGAAACUGCGAGUUUAACGAGUAGUAGAGAUGGCAACAGGCAUCCCCAAUACGAUAAUCAACCACGAGGUACGGACCCUAUUCUACCAGCAGUAUUGGAAUUUUUAGAAGAUACGGAGGAAGCGUUUCUACGUGCUGUCAUCACCGACGUAGAUCCCUCAGCCCCGCAAUUCAAACUAGCACCGACUUAUACUCUAUAUCUGUCAGCUAGAUACCGUGCUAGCACACAUUACAGACCGGAAUUACAACCUACUGAAAGAGCACAUCGUUUGACAGUGAUGCUUGCGAAUAUUGCCUUGAUGAUACAAGGAGUUAUUCAGGAACGAUACAUGGAUGCGUCAUCCUUGGCAUUUUGGCUUGCAAAUGGUUCGGAAUUAUUGCACAUGUUGAAAAGCGAUCGUCACGUAGGAGCAUUUUCAACGAGAGCUCAAGAUAUCUUAGCUGAUGCUGUUCACGCUGCAUUCGCAUCUCUCGUACAUUGCGUUUCCUUAGAAUUGACACCAGCAAUGUCUCAAUUUAUGGCAGACGCUGAUGAACCUGCUAAAGAAGCUGGCGUAUUACAAAUAUUUUCCAAUACUAUGGCUCUGUUAAGACGUUGUCGAGUUAACGCAGCAUUGACCAUCCAAUUGUUCAGUCAUCUUUUUCACGCGAUCAAUGCAAUCGCUUUCAACGCUUUAGUUUCUAACGGAAAUCUCUGCGUCCGGUGGUUUGGUCGAAGAUUAAAAGCAAGGCUCAAUGCUUUAGAAACGUGGGCUGAGAGACAAGGACUUGAAUUAGCCAGUCAAUGUCACUUAGCUACGAUCAUGCAAGCUACGCAUCUUCUCCAAGCACCAAAAUAUAACGCCGAAGAAUUGGCUACGUUGAGCUCGACUUGUUUUAAAUUAAACUCGUUACAAGUAAGAGCGUUGUUGCAAAAGUAUCAGCCAGCUGCCGAUGAACCAAGACUUCCUGCUGAACUCAUUGAAAACGUUGUCAGAGUAGCCGAAAGUGUCGCUGAUACACUUGCACGUGCCGACGGACGUGAAAUACGUUUGGAAGAAGAAUCCACCUUGGCAUUAGCUUUGCUAUUGCCAGAGGAUGGUUACAGUUGCGAGGUAAUAAGAGGUGUACCACCAGGAUUGGUUGAAUUUCUAUCACCCUUACAACAAGAAGGUUUGUGUCGAAUGGCACCUCAACCUACUAGUAGUGGUUACUGGACUAUCUAUAUGAUAGAUCAUCAUACGAACUUACGUAGUCCAAGUGCGAUGAGUAAUAGAUCAGGUGGUUACACUGGACAUGUCGGACAGAAUCAAGGUCAACCAGAGAUACAUAUCAUAAAAUUGCAUAAGUCGACCAAUGGCAUGGGUUUGAGUAUCGUUGCUGCUAAGGGUGCUGGUCAAGACAGAUUAGGGAUUUAUAUCAAAAGUGUCGUUGCCGGUGGAGCAGCAGAUGCGGAUGGAAGGUUAGCUGCUGGCGAUCAAUUACUCAAAGUAGACGGUCAAAGUUUAGUUGGAAUAACACAAGAAAAAGCUGCGGAGUAUCUUGUUCGAACGGGACCAACAGUGACAUUGGAAGUUGCCAAACAAGGCGCGAUAUAUCAUGGACUAGCUACUUUAUUAUCUCAACCAUCUCCCAUAAUGACGAGGGCACAUAAGGCCAGGCCAAAGUCAGAACACAUUAAGCCCCCCGCUAGACCUCCGGAAGUGUCCGUGCCAGCAUCUACGUCACACUCGAUGGGCAAUCUCUUGUCCGUACCAUUGCAGGGUGCUCCUACUCCUCCUCAAGAUCACUACGUUAGCUGGGACGUAGAACAAUCCACAUUAUCAGGGCCUCGUCGCAUGAGCGAACGUGAUCUUUCAUCUAGACUUGGACGUGAAACGAUUCCCCAACAAAUUCAUAGCAGCAAAUCCGUCCCAGCCUUGCACAAUAUGGGUGCUGAAGGAAAACAACAACAUGAAAUCUUCAACCCAGGGUACAGUAGAGCAUCUUCGAGUAACAGCGUUACACCACCAGUUCAACCAUCUCCAAUGCCUGCUAUGAACGGAGCUUCUUGCCUACGCUCUAGAUCGAGCCAUAAUUUGCACGAUCCAACGAGAAUUGGGGCAUUACCUCCGAGUGGUUUGGUCAGCAGACAACAAUCCUCGCCAAACUUAAACCCAAAUCAACCUCAUGGAUCUUUCCAAAAUAAUCUACAGAAUAACGAAGCCGAAAGAUUCUAUCAAAACUUGAGCGUUUAUAGAAAUCAAGAUUCAACGGGAAAACAACAGCAGCCAAGUUUAUCUCAGCAACACAUGGAAGAUAGGAAUACGUUACAUACACAACGAAGUUCGAGAGGAUCACAAAACUCUCUGAAUCGGCCACCGGCGCAAGAAUUGAACCAAGGAAGAGAUAGACCAAUAUCUGCUCAUAUUCCUCAAACUCAACAACAAGGUUAUUCCGGUAACCAGAUGCAGCAUCAAAACGCGGUUCCGCCUAGAUCGCAAUCAUCGCGAGAUAUAAUUCGUCAGGAAGCUAAACUUCAAGAAAUGCAAGAAGAAGUUAGGAGACGCGAGUUACGGGGUGGAGUACCAAUGAUCAAUCAAUAUAGACCAAAUACAUAUAACAUGAGACCGGCAAAUGCUAAUCAAACAGCUGGUAUUGUACCUGCUCGUGCUCUUGUUUCGAGACCUUUGGGUUCUACGCCUAAUUUAGCAACAUCGUCAGCAACACGACAACCAAUGGGACCAGCGUAUGGUCAUCCUGAUGUUGCAUAUGCUCAGUAUGGCCAGUGCAACAAACACCCAACUGCUCAGUAUGGGUUAGCAUCUAAAGGGAAAGCAGAACAACCACCUCGUCAUGUACCAACGAUUGAAUCUGGAAAGGAAUCUCUCACAGUUCAAGAUUCUACUAGAUCGCAUUAUGAUCAUAAUCGUCAAUACAUGACUUCUCAAAACGGAUCACACUAUACUCAUGGACCACCUGAUCUUAGGAACGAUCAGUAUUCAAAUGAAAAUACUACUAUGAUUCAAGAUAAUGUCGAAGGAAAUUCUUUUAAUACUACAGAGGUUCCACCAGCAAGACCUGCUCUUCCUGAAGAUGGCUAUAGGGAAAGCCCACCACCUCCGCCACCUAAUACAUUAACUCACCCCUUGUAUAAUAAUCAAGCAGAUUCGAGGUAUACCGCAAGUAUGCAAGAUCCGCCUAGAGGUGGCUAUUAUCCAGCAAGUGGGACAGGAACAAUGCAACAACCUCGUCAAUAUCAAUAUAGUGCUAGUAAUCCUUGGCAACGUGAAGAACGUGAAAAGGAACAAGCUCGAAGAAGAGAAGCCGCCAGACAAUGGCGCGAUCAGCAAAUUGCCGAAUUAAGCUCUUUGCCUCAUCGAACUCCUCAACAAGAUGAACAAUUACGUGCUCUUCAAUUGGAACGAGAUUUCCAAAAAAGAGCAGAAGAAGCCGCCAAUCAACAAGAUGACGACGACGAAUGUAAUGACAUUGAUACUGAGAGUAUACCGCAGGCUCAAGGUUUAUUAAGUGUAGCUAAUUCUCAAGAAAGAACUAACACAGCAAGUCAACAGCAUACAUUGUCGAGAGCAAACGUAAAUAAUCAAUCGAUAAGAGGUACCCCACCUACAUCCCAAACUGUUAAUACUCCACUGUCUCCAAAUGCUACUGGAAAUUCGUGCCUAGUACAAAAUGAUAAUUCUGGUUUAAUAUAUCUGCAACAACAACAACAACAACAACAACAACAGCAGCAGCAGCAACAACAACAGCAACAACAACCACCACAACCGCAACAACAACCACAGCAACAACAGCCACAGCAACAUACCAAUCAAUCUCAAAAUAAUACAGGACAGUUAACUAUCUCGUCGAAUUAUAGUUCAUCUUUAUCUCAUAUUGGAAAUAUUCAAAAAACAUAUACAACUGCAAUGUCUCCAAAUAAUGAAGAAAGGGAAUCACAGCAACGUCGUAUUGAAGAAAUUAGAAGGAAAGAAUUUGAUGAAAAUCAAAGACAAAGAGAAGAAGAAAGUAGGCAUCAACAACAGCAGCAGCAGCAACAACAACAACAACAACAGCAGCAACAGCAACAACAUAUACAACAAUUGUACAAACAACAGCAACAACAUAUGCAACAUUAUAGAAAUCAACAAGCAUUGCAUCCGAAUAUGCUAAGAUUAGACAAUUUAGUUAUUAAUGGGCCCAAUACAUCACCAUCUUUACAAAAUGGAAAUACCGAUGCACCUCCACCUCCAGAACGUGGAUCUAGUUAUGCAGUGAUGUCUCAACAAAGUGCACUUAGGUCAAACAGUUCGACCUCCUCAAAUAUUGCCUUAACACCUCUAACAUCUUCCACGAUCAAGAGGGUAUCUUUUCACGAUCCAAACGCAAACACCGAAACAACGCCACGCAAUGUCAUGUCGGGAAAUUUAAAUACUUCAUCUUCGAUGGGCAUGGUCACUAUUAGAGAAGAUCCUAAUAUAUCAACUUUUGCAUGGAACACUCUUUUCAAAUUAUAUACCAGUUAUACAUUCGCUCAAUCAUUAUUAAAUUUUAUCAACGAUGCUGAAAAUUUAUUAGCAUCUCCAAAAUCACCGGAAGGUCCUGGCGUCCCUUUUGUUAACGCCACACCCGGUGUGAUCGGUGCCCAAGAAGUAUACAAAGAUCCACGAACAAAACGUCUCGCUGAGAAACAAAAGCAACAAAAUUUGCAGAUGGGCGCGGUACCUGAGAAGUUAAGUUUCAAAGAGAAAAUGAAGAUGUUUGCUAUGGAAACGGGAGAAGAUGGUACACCACGAGACAAGGUGAAAAUAUCUCGAGCUCAACGUGAAAUAGAUAAUAUCGGUGGUCCUCUUAGUCCUAAUAACAAUAAUACGAAAGGCUAAGUGUUAACGCAAUCGUCCUUUUCUUAUAUACAACUAAUUACGGAAGUGUAUACUACAUAAUUUGUAGUGAUGAUCACAAGCUUUUACAUAGCUUGAUCAUACAUCAUCAACAACUAAAAAAAAGAGUCACUCUAUAAUAUCUCUUUAUAAAAUAUAUAUAUAUAUAUA